AUGAGUUCAAGCUCUGAUGAUGUCCAUCAUAUGUUGGACGAAAACCCAGCUCGUUUUCAACCGAAGCGAGUGAGUAUGUCUUGUGGUUUGCGUAAGCCUGAACGUCGUAUUUACGCCAAACGGCUGCGGUACAACGCGAUUCAUCCGUCCUCUUCUGGUGAGAUCGACAUUCGAAUCUAUUUUCAUCCACUUUCAUAUGAAAUGGAAGUCUUCCCAAUAAUAUUGCUUGUUUUGCUUUGA